AUGUCUGAAUCCAUGUAUUGGCUGGUGGUUCUUCUUCUUGGGACACUUAUCUUGGGUCUGCAAUCAGCAGUGUUUCUAGAGCGGAGUGAUGCAUUGCAGCUAAUGAGGGCUCGCAGGGCCAACUCCUUCCUCGAGGAGAUGAAGCCAGGAAAUCUGGAGCGGGAAUGCUUUGAGGAGCUCUGCUCUCAAGAAGAGGCAGCGGAGAUCUAUCAGAGCAAAGAGAAAACAAUGGAAUUUUGGUAUAGAUACCAAAGUUUGAAUCGGUGCCAAAAAAACCCUUGUCUAAAUGGUGGAAUCUGCUCUGCGAAGCGAGACAGUUAUGAGUGUCUUUGUCCACCACGAUAUACUGGCACAAACUGUGAAACAGAGGUGUUUGAGUGUGAGUAUAAAAAUGGAGGGUGUCUGCACUACUGCAGUAACUCCAACCCCACAAGCUCAAGCGUGACGUGUAGCUGUGCUAAUGGUUAUGAACUUGAGUCUGAUGGAAAGAGCUGCCGAGAAACAGCACAGUACCCCUGUGGAAAACAAUGGAGUCAGGGCUCUAUACAACGCUCCUUACUGGAGGAACUGGACGAACUGAACCACACUCGCACAUCAGACCACCCCAACCGCAUUCUCUUAAACUACACACACCCACUGGAUAACGCAACACACCAGACAUCACAAUCCAUUCACCCACCGGACAACACAACUCACCCUACCACUGGUGAGUCAGAUGAUGAUACUCGCAUCGUAGGAGGUCAGCUGCAGCGUCAGGGUGGAAGCCCAUGGCAGGUUCUCCUGUACAGGAAAGAUGAUUACAGCUUCUGUGGGGGUACACUGAUCGCAAAGCACUGGGUGGUCACAGCAGCUCACUGUCUCCAGGAAAAACCAGACUACGUGACCAUUGGCGACUAUGACAAGUUGCGGCCCGACGAGGGUGAGAAGAUGAUCAGGGUGGAGAAAGUGGUGAUCCAUCCUUACUACCACGAGUACACAUUCGACAGUGACAUUGCCCUACUCUACCUCUCCGAGCCGGUGGAGUUCAGUGCGGUCGCCUCGCCGGCCUGCCUGCCCAACGCCCACCUAGCCCCACAGCUGCUGCGCUACGGCGAGCGCGGCCUGGUGACAGGCUGGGGUGCCACACACUACCUAGGCUCCUCCUCACGCUUCCUGCGCAAGGUCAUGCUGCCCGUGGUAAGGCAGGAGGACUGCAUCCAGUCCACAGAGCAGGUGAUCACAGACAACAUGUUCUGUGCCGGCUACCUGCAGGCAGAGAUGGACGCGUGCACGGGAGACAGUGGUGGGCCAUUUGUGGUGAAUUACAGGGGAACCUGGUUCCUAACGGGCGUGGUCAGUUGGGGCGAGAGGUGCGCCGCCGAGGGGAAGUACGGUGUCUACACGCGACUCAGCAACUUCCUGCAGUGGAUACAAGAGGAGAUGAAGAAGCAGGAGGAGACCACUAGCAAGAACAUCACCAGUACUACAAACACUGAAGUAACAUAUCCUUAAUCUUAUCUGGGUGUCACAUGGGUGUAACAACCACAUCCUCAAGGGGCGCCAACCCUAUAAAUAACUGAUAAAAACAGGCUGUUCUUUCUAGAUGUAUUUUAUAUAAACCCAUUUUUGAGUUUUUGUUUGUUGGCUUGUUUGUUUUUUUGUUUGUUUAAACACCAACAAUCAAGGUAGUGGAUUUAAGCACACUUGCUGGAAAAAAAUGUUAAUAUACAAAAUAAAAUGUUCAGGGUAUUGAAACUGUUCAAGUAAAUUGAAAGAUUUGGAUGUUUUUCUAAAUAACAUUUUGCAUUACUACAAACAACUUACACAAGGCAUUUAAUUUCAACACAAAAUCACUUAUGUUGCUGGCCUUUUAUCUGAGCAAAAUCCUUGUUAUUUGUGACCAUUUAAUUUUAAGUUACAUAGAAAAAUUGUUUUUAAUUAUGCAAUGAUAUAAAAAUGCACAUCAUAAUAGAGAAAAUGUUUUUAAGAUUAAUUAAGAUUAAUUAAUUAAAGCCCUGAUUCAGGUAUCCAUUUAAAGUGUCAAAACGUAACGUACUUCUUAAUCAAACUUUUAAAGUAACACAGUCCAAAGCAAAUAAACAAACAGAAAUAAUGUCAUUCAAUUUUGGCCCACUUUCUCAUAAGCUGCAAAGAGCACAUAAGUCACUGCACAGGAUGUGGACAAUUUAUAAGCAACUUCUAGACCCCUUGAAGAAUUUGCAUCAUAACAGUCAUUGAAUCACCAGGCUGGCCAACAUCUCAAGAAAAUAAUUUUUUAAAAAACAAUGGCCUGGGUGAACAGAGCUAACAGAGAAUAUGUUUCUACAUGACUUCAGAGAUUUGAGCACA